UGUGAUGUGUGGGUUCAAAUCGGGGCUGUCGCUCGGACCGAGAGGGCACGAAGAAGAGCAGCGAGAUAAACGAGGAAGACACCAGAGCAGCGCUCAUCUGAUCUCAGGGGCGCAGGAGCGGACGCGCUUUUACGCACAACGAAAAACGCCAAGUCCGGAAACAUGUUGGGAUUUUGAUACCUUGUUUUUUGGGGAUUACUACGUGGAGUUUUUUUUUUGGCGAAGUCGAGGCUGAAAAGAAGAAAUUCGUGAUCUGGUUGCAGGAUGCGCGAGUGUUCUGCAAGGAAGGCAGAGCAGUGCGCUUGAGUGGGACAUGGCUAACGGUGGGGACCAGUUCGGUCUUCCACAUCGCCCAGAUUCGGACUCCGUGGAUUCCCCAAAAGAGAAACAGGACGUCAACACCUUCACCUUAAACUCGCCCACCUCUCCACACACAGCGUCCACACACCAGGGGAUGGAAGGUAUUAAAGUAUUCCUCCAUGAUAGAGAACUUUGGACCAAGUUUGAUGAAGUGGGGACUGAGAUGAUCAUUACAAAAGCUGGCAGGAGGAUGUUCCCCAGCUAUAAAGUCAAAGUGACAGGACUCAACCCCAAAACAAAAUACAUUUUGCUGAUGGAUAUUGUACCAGGAGAUGAUCACCGUUACAAAUUUGCGGACAAUAAAUGGUCGGUAACAGGGAAAGCGGAACCAGCGAUGCCCGGGAGGCUCUACGUCCACCCGGACUCACCGGCCACCGGCGCUCACUGGAGCCGACAACUCGUCUCUUUCCAGAAGCUGAAACUCACCAACAAUCACCUGGACCCGUUUGGACAUAUAAUACUCAACUCCAUGCACAAAUACCAGCCUCGACUACACAUCGUGAAGGCAGACGAGAACAACGGCUUCGGCUCCAAGAACACGGCUUUCUGCACUCACGUCUUUCCGGAGACGGCUUUCAUUGCUGUCACGUCCUACCAGAACCACAAGAUCACCCAGCUGAAGAUAGAGAAUAACCCGUUUGCAAAAGGCUUCAGAGGCAGCGACGACAAUGAGCUACACCGAAUGGCCAAACUACAAAGCAAGGAUUAUCCAGUGGUGCCUCGGAGCAACGUCCGGCAGAGAACAUGCUCCACCGGGAGUCCAUUCAGUAGUGAGGUCCAUGGACUGCAGGGGUCCCCAGAAACUGCUGGGUCCCCCUACGGCUGCGACAGCGGUCUGAGUGGCAGCAGUCCGCAGGAGGUCCUGGGCGCUGCGUCCCUCCACUACAACCUGCCGCCUCUCCACCUGCAGCACGGCCAGCAGCCGCAGCUCUACCACUGCAGCAGGAGGAAAGUGGCGGACACCUGUUCAUCAGUGAACCAGCAGCAUCCGUACAAGAAACCGUUCUCUGGGAGCUCCCCAAGUGAGGGCGACCCCUACUACCACUCCUCACCCUAUCCUCCUCCCCCACCACCUCCACCACAGAGCCUCAACAAUCCAACCCUGGGCAUCUCCGACUCCCCCUACAGCUCAGAAAUGGGACAGCGACAGGCCUGUAUGUUUGCAGAGAACAGACUCGAUGACCUCAGCUGUGCAUCCUGGUCGUAUUCCUGCCCCCUCCCGUCCGCCAUGACCCCCAUGGAGCCUUACCCACCGUACACCGCCCACCCAGCUUAUAACUCCAGCCCACAGGGCUCACGUCUCAGCACUAUCGCUCACCAGAGUUCGUCCCCUCUGGGCGAACCCAUCGCUCAUGACCCGUACCAGAACCAGAGCUCUGAACACGUCCACAGCAGGCAGCUGAGUCCACCUGUCAGAGAGUUUCCCCGCUAUGCCUCCAACGUGUCUCCUCCUCUGUACCACACACUGGAGACACACACGCAGAUCAGAUGCGGGGUCCCUGAAUGGAGCGCAGCCUCCUAACCGAGCUGGAGGUUGCAGCUGAGACACGUUGUGUUGUGCUCUCAUCUCUCUCAAGUCCCUCCUCUCGGCAGGAUAAAGCAGACUCGGCGUGGAUCUCUACACAUUUCAAAACUGGACGCCGCACUGACAUGUGAUCGGACUCUUCCUCUCACACAGAGACUGGUGUCAUCCAAACGUUUGCACUUCCAUCUAAAGCGUCUGCUGAGAAAAGUUUUUUAUUUUUCUUCUCAGUGACUCUAGAAUUACGAGGGAAUCAGACAGCCAACAUUUAUUGCCCAAAAUAAUCUGUGCUCUCAGCGAGCAGCCCCAGGGAGGCUUUUUUUUUCUCUUUAGUGGCGCUAAGCUCGGCUGUAUACGCUCAGACUGGGCUAAGAAUUAAAGCAUGAGUUGUCUGUGUGAGUGAGAGUGUGUGCACUUGUGUGUGUGAGUAAAGCCCACGUCAGCUCAGCUCAAGAAUGCUAUGAGUUAAUUUCCACUGAGACAGUAGUAGCUGCAGGCACUGGAGCAUAGAGAUAAACAGUUUGUUUAGACCACGCUACAGGCUGAAGGACCUGUAAACAGUUUCCACUGCAUUCUGGGUAAAUGCUCAACUCAGCGUCACGCAUCUGUCACUGCUGUCCUCUUGGUCACCCCCACUUGACCAAUCAGCUCACCCCGUUCACAGAGAGCCAGCGAAUGAGCACCUGACUUUCAUUUAUUCCCAGCUGACCGGUCCGAGCGGCACAUGCACGCGCGUUGGCCCAUUUAUGAACAAGUCAUGAGUCCAGCGUUGACAGUCGACAUGCAACGAUUGCUCAGCAAACUCUUUGAGAAAAUGACAAUAGUCAACCUGUUGUUCGAUCCGCCGACCUUUGAUGGUCAGGCCUCCCACUCUCCUGCAGAUCAGAAGGUUCCGCUGUUCGAUACAAGUGUGUGACUUUUUUGGAAAAAUCAAGCAACGUGAGAUUUUUUUAAGUUUUUGUAUUUGGUUCAAAAUGUUUUAUAUGCAGUAUUAAGUCAGUCAACACAAUCCAUCUGUUUGAUUCCCUAAUAUGCAUUUGUAUGUGUGCGUGUGAAUAUCAUGUGCCUGUGAGAGGUGAUUUUUUUUCUUUUUUGGGGGGAAAAUUGUGUUUUAUAGAAUUGUCCUUGAUCAUAGUAUUUAUUACCCUAGAUUUGUAAAAUGGUUAGUUUGCCAUCGACUUGUGAAACAAGAUGCAACUGUUCCCAGAUAUUUGUUUGUCUUCAGCUUCCCAUUCUUAUCUGGUGAUAAAUAUUUGUGGCAUCCAACAUGUUCUAUGGAAAUGAAGACAGAUGUAUAUAUGAGAUAUGGAAUAAAUUUCAGAGGAUUUUCAUAGAGAAUCACUUUUUUAUUGCUGUUUGUCUGAACCCUGCCUAAGCCAGUAACAUGUUACGAUGAGUCAUAAAUCUACACAAUGUGCACAUUUGUUUUGUUGUAAAAACUCAACUCUAUACUUUUAUAUAUUCUUGUUUUUGUACCUUGAUUUUGAUGUAUUCUUUCACUGAGUCUUUGAUCCGUUCAACUUCAUGCUAAGGUGCCAAAAACAAAGCCAUGAUCAAGUCCAGGUGCCAAACACUGCCAAACCUGAAAUAACGUGUGUAUUUAAACCUUCACGUUUGAUCAACGUGCGGUCAAGGGGCUAGUUGCAGCUCCUACUUUAAUAUCACACGGCCCACAGCCAUAGUCUGAGUCAGUCAAAUAUCAGUGCAGAUAAGUUGGGCAACACAAUUUCCAGAGAGGCAAAGUCACUGCGCCUCCUUAUCACAUGUACGAGAGGCUCCCCACGUUCCCACUCACCAACAACCCUGCCCCCCAUGUGUAGAGGCUCGGGUGCUGAGCAUACCUCGUCCUCCUCCUCUUAUCUCUGACAGGUUGUUUGGCAUCACGAGUCUCCAGCAGCUGGACCGCCUCACUGACAACCUGCUGACCAGCGAGUG